AUGGGAAACUGUUUCUCGGAGUGCACUCAAAAUGAAGGUAGUUCUUCCUCGUCUGGGAGAGAAAAGAAUGCUAAAGGAAAAAGAAAAGGAAAGCGAACAGGAAAGAGAAAGAGUUGCGGCAACAAGAAUUCUUCGGUGAAUUCUCCAUCCUUAAGGCGAAAGAAUAGCCUUUCAAUUACCUCAGUACAAUCCAUCAAUGAUGGCGAUACUGGGGAACAAAGUGAGUCCACAACCGAGGGAAAUCAAGGAAACGUGAACUUAACAGUCACUGGCCACGCUAUUCCAGUUCUAGCGAAGCAAUCGAGUCCCGAGAUUGAAACGACCGAGUCCAAUACCAAGAUAAUUGUCGUGAAGACAUUCACAACUGACGAGAAUCCUUCCAACGAUAGUAUUGAGAUAGAAGUCAGGAAACCCAUCACCAGUAGCGAAUCAAACGUCUUGUUAUCACAUUCGCCUGUCGUUGAACAAUCGACGGGCAAUGAAGAACUUGAAGAACUAAGUAAUGAUGAAGAAGCAAGAGCCUCCCCUCCUGCGCCCUGUCCAUCAGGGGACCAGGAAGGCUAUGCUCAAAACAGCCAUUUUCAGCUACUUGAGUUUCUUAAGAUUCGUCUAGACAUGGCGGCUAACAACAUGGAAAUGAAUAGGUUACUAAGUAAUGUGGACCGCGCAUUGGACAGAGCAGCACGAUCUCGUAAACUGGGAUUUAAACGCAUGCGUGCUGCUGCAGAGUCAAGGCGAGCUGCUCGUGAAAUUCAGGAAGAAACUGUUAUUGAAGAAGAGGAGACUGAGACCGAGGACAGUGACGAAAGUGACGAGAGUUACGAAGAAUACAAUGAUAUAGAUGACACCCUGUCCUCGCCUUCCCCUCCCCCGCCCAUCCCAAGAAUUUGCUGGCAGUAA